AUGGCGCCUCCCACUGAGAAUAGCUUCUUGCAAGAGAUUGAGAAAAAGACAUUAACACUGCGCGUUGUCAAUGUUGAUGUUGAUACGCUUAACACUGAGUUCAUACGAUCUCUCCCAAUGAUGCCGAAUGAUCAAACUUGCAAUCCUGCAUGGUUGUCUCUAGCUCUGCAGGAUCCAUCUAACGCAGAGUUGAUCAGAACUACAGCCCUUGACCUUCAAGACCAGGGCUUUCUUGCUAUACUCUCGCGACUUGCCGUGCAUCUCUGUAAAAGAAGCAUUGAUCUGAUUAAAGGUCGUGUCUUGGUCCAGACCAGCCCUUCAGCUGUAUGUAACUUCCAAGAGACCUUGGAUCAUGCUCGCAUCUACGUAUCUGAGUUUGAAAAGGCUGGGAUCCCGAAGAACAGAUAUUAUAUCAAGAUUAUGGCUACGGGCGUGUUCAGCGUGAUCCAGGCAGUGGCAUGCAGUCAGGCGGGUUGCUUGUAUAUCAGCCCAUAUUACAAUGCUAAAUCGUUGCCAUCAGAGAUACGAACUCACCUGGAUCCAUCACUGUGGCCUGAUGUCCAGGACCCAGCAUUGGAGCAUCCAUUUUCGCAUCGCAUCGCCCAGAUGGUCCACGCAUACAAGACUUUAUUUACUGUCACAGGCAAAGAACAGCCAUUGAUUAAGAAUGCGGGUGUCAGCUUUCGCUCCUACAAGGAAGUUCUCGCCUCGUCUGAACUCGGGUGCCAUUCUGCAACCAUCUCCCAGGAUCUAUUGGAAGAGCUCAAGACUUCGACACCUGGAAAGAUUACACUGCCCGUUUCUCCCAAAGUAGCCAGCCUAAAAUGCCCCUAUGCUGACGAUGUACCUAUUCCACCGCCUAGGCUGGGUGAGCUACUUACCCGCCAUCUGGAUGAACAGGGAGGAUGGUUGGCAAAUGACCUGACAGUGGACUUACUGGCUGAUGGAGGAAAGGUGUUAGAUCAAGCUCUGGAAAAAGACUCCGAAGCCGCUCGUAUGGUUAAGGAGGCUUUGGAUAUGUUUAUUUUCUGCGAGGAGGAGACCAAGAAGCUUAUCAAAGGGACGGCUUUAGUUGCAAGCCUAUAA